AUGGCAAGCGACCUUAUCGUAGCCGCUAGAGAUAAUAGACUGGGCGAUGUCGAGAGACUGCUGCAGGAGGGAGCCGAUAUCGACGCAACUGACGGGGACUAUGGGCAAACGCCGAUAUCUUGGGCCGCAGAGAGGGGCCACUUGGACGUGGUCAAGACUCUCUACGAGCGCGGGGCUAGCCUUCUGAUUGCUGACCGGAACGGCUGGUAUCCGACGGAUUGGGCUGUUCGGAAUUCCCGAACAGACGUGGUUUCUUUUUUUCUUACCCGACAGCAGGACGCGUCCCAUCGGUAUUAUAAGGGCCGAGGCCUUCUCUUUGUGGCCGCCCAACGUGGCUCGGUCGAGGAUGUGAAUCGUUUUGUGGGGGGAGAGCCUGAUCAGGUCGACAGCGAUGGGACGACACCGCUCAUGGCCGCCUCCCAAAAUGGCCGCUUCGACAAUGUUGUCGUUCUGUUGAAAGCUGGGGCGGAUCCACUCCGGAAGAACGAGGAUCAACGCACCGCCUUCUACUGGGCUGCGAAGGAGGGUCAUACUGAAGUCAUACGGGCCCUAUUGACGGAAGCCUGCGCUAAGCCCCGCAAGAUAAGUGAGCUGCCCAACGAUGAGGCCAUCGCUUUUGCGUUCGCCGAGAAGGGGGAGGACGAGGAAUGGAACGAGUUUCUUGACACCCACCCUCACCGCGCAGCGCCAGAGGAAGGCGAUCGCACCUCAACCGCGCUCCACUUCGCUGCGCAGCACGGCAUUGAGAAAGCCGUCCAACGGAUGUUGGCGCUGCCGUCCGACGCCGGUAUGGUGAACGCCCAGGAUGCCCAAGGCCGUACUCCGCUCAUUUGGGCUUCGAUGGGCGGUCAUCUUGCGAUUGUCGACGCUCUGCUUCAACAUCAUGCCAACCCCAAGUUGUCGGACGACGAAUACAAGGAGACGGCACUCAUGUGGGCUGCAGAAAAUGGCCACGGUCAAGUCGUGGAGCGACUCUGCAGAGAACUUGAUCGUCACGACGUCAACGUCCGAGGCUGGCGCGGAUAUACAGCCAUGACCUUUGCGGCAUCAAGGGGAAAUGCCGCGGGCGUACGCGCUCUGAUUGAGGCCGGAGCUGACCUCAGUAUUGUCGACGAUCGUUGGGGACAGUCUCCCCUCUCCUGGGCCGCCGAGGGCAAUUAUCUGGAGGCCGUCACGGAUUUGAUCAAGGCUGAGGCAGAUCUCUACGCUGAAUCCCACGGAAACACACCGGUAUCUUUUGCUUUAGAUAACUUGGAAAUACUCCGAGCUUUCAUCCAACAGCCAAGGGAUACAAUGAGGGAUGGAGGCGAGAAAAUACCUCGGGUGCGCGUGAUAGAAUUGGCUUUACGGUAUUCCUGUAAUCUCGAUGACGACACAUUCUCAGACACACCGGACCUCUUCAUCCUGGACCAGAAGGAGUAUCUCGAAGCCGUGGACCAUGACGGCAGGAACCUGGCUUCGUGGGCGGCUCAGGGCGGAAGUCCCAAGGAGAUGGAUAUGCUACGUGCGAAGCGGCUCGACUUCAACUCGAAGGAUAACAUCGGCCGUACGUCUCUCCACUGGGCAGCAGAGGGCGGAAACCGCAAGGUAGUCAAGUGGUUGCUACACGAACAAGUUGCCGUUGACACUGCGGACGAGUUUGGACGGACCCCGCUUUCCAGAGCAGCCGUUCAGGGUCACGACAAAUGUGUGCGAAUGCUAGUGGACCGCGGGGCGCACCCGGACAGCCCGAACAAGAACCGGAGAACGCCGCUUUCGCUGGCUGCUGAAAAGGGCCACGUUGAAGUUGUUAACCUUUUGCUGUCCCUUCGUGAUGGCAAGACGAAGACGAGCGAGGGUGUCGUCAACAGAAGCAAGAAAGGGCAUGGGGGAAUAGGUGCCAGGGACGGCGGCGCAGGUGCAAAGGACAGGCUGGGUGACGGAAACAAGGACAGCACUGGGCGGACGGGUCCUGACAAUGGCGGCGCGGCUGUGGCGGUGGAUUCUCGAGACGUGGAAGAGCGAACACCCCUCUGGUAUGCGGCCAUAGGGCACCAUCUGACGGUUUUCAAGACGCUGCGCGCUAACGGGGCAGACCCGGGCGUCAUGGACAAAAGCGGAAAGGCUCUGCAUGAAAUUCUUGUUAACAAAAAGAGCGCGGGGGGGGUCGAACCUGAGGUGAUGGCGGCAUUGGAUGCGAUGCUGGAGCAGCUGAGAUCGGCCCAGGCUCUAUUGUCCAAACCUUUGGAUGGCGCAGCUGAUUUGGAUGAAGAGUUCAAAGCGACCAUCUUGCGGGUCCCGGAAAACGAGAAACUUGAGCUCGAAUCAAGGACACAGCUUUCCGUCCACUCUCUCCUCCGAGGGGAAGGGCUUCCCGAUCCCCAGGGGGCGAGCUGCGCGUGGAUGCACCUCCCUGCCAACAAUAUGCGAUGGGUCGAGGUGUUGAUGACCAGACAUUACGAGGCUUGCGGCGAGAGCGAACGUUGGAAUGCCAGUGUCGUGCUUCAAUCCAAGCUUUGGGAACAACAACAACACAAAUCCCGGAGGGGCGCCCAUUACGCGAGGUUCAUGCGACCGGCAUGCCACCGUUUCGUUCUUGUUGUCGAGGACAAGGGCACCUCGUCAAGCCAAGGCUUGGUUUUGUUUAUGCCGUAUCUACAUUGGGAACCCCAGAACCAGCAACGGAACAUGAAAGAGAUCAUGAAUUUGAAGAAAGAAGAGAGGAAAGCUAAACGAGAUCUCAUUCUCGCGGACCCAUCCCUGAAGGAUCCGAAGGGAACAGAGAAGCUCCACUGGGUCUACCUCGACGAAGAGCACCCGCUACAUGUCCGGCGAACCCUCGACCAAUACUACUACCACACACUGCCAAAUACAGAAGAACGUGACAACGACCAGACCGGCAUCAGAUAUCACAACGAUCACCUGAAGUCGACCGAUCCGAAACAGGCCAACAACCCGACACCAGUCCUCACCAUGGUGGAUCAACUUUGGAUGUGGGUGCUACCACGCUGCGGGAAAUUACCCCCUACAAUCAUCACAGCCUUUCCACAACGGUCUAAUAGGAUGAGAUCUGGUGGGUUCAAGAACAUGACGGCCCUGGUGUCCAACAUCAUCGCCCAGUUUCAGGAGACGCCAGAAAGGACCGUUGACGGUCUAGCUAAAGUGAUAGCUGCCGAGUGCUCGCGAAUCUACUUUGAUACAAUGAGCAACAGGGACGAAUCACUCCAAUUCUCGGAAAUUUAUACCACCUCCAUGGGUGGGAUCGUGAGUAAUCCAUGCGCCCCAGCUUAG